AUGCUCUUUGCAGGGCCAGAACCGAUCGAGCGAACGACGACUACAGUCCAUCAUCGACACCAUCAGACGAACACGCUCAGUGCUGACGUUGCAUGUUGACAGGUCGCUGGCUACGCUGCCGAGAACAACGGCCUCGAGAAGGCUCUCACCGGCGCCGAGGUCAUCAUCAUCCCCGCCGGAAUGCCCCGCAAGCCGGGAAGUAAGUAGUCCAGGGGACCUUUUGCAGAUCAAAGUACGGCACAUGAACUCAUUUGCCGCUCGGUCCCCCCCACAAGUGACCCGUGACGAUCUCUUCAACACCAACGCCUCGAUCGUCCGUGACCUCGCCAUCGCCGCCGCCAAGGUCGCACCCAAGGCCCGCAUCGGCAUCAUCGCCAACCCCGUCAACUCGACCGUUCCCAUCGUCGCCGAGGUGUUCAAGAAGGCCGGCGUCUACGACCCCAAGCGGUGAGUUUUCUCGAAGCCGAGCGAAGCACGGCACCGCGAAUGUGCACGAAGGGAGAAGGGAGAAGGGAGAAGCAGAUGCUCAUCCUGCGUGAUCAUGUCCCGACGUCCGCAGUCUCUUCGGUGUCACCACUCUCGACAUUGUUCGUGCCUCGGCCUUCGUCUCUGGCAUUGCCGGCACACAUCCCAAGGACACCAACAUCCCCGUCGUCGGUGGUCACUCCGGCGUGACGAUCGUGCCCCUCUUCUCGCAAGCCCCUGAGGGCAAGAAGAUCGUCGAGAAGGGCGGCGAGGAGCUCGCUGCUCUUGUUAAGCGCACCCAGUUCGGCGGUGACGAGGUGGUCAAGGCCAAGGACGGUGCCGGAUCCGCCACUCUCUCCAUGGCUUAUGGUCAGUCUUAUCCGCGCGCGAACGCUCACGCGCUUCUGCUUGAUCAGGAGCUGACCACAACUAUAUUUGACGUGGCGAUUUUGUAAUCAGCCGGAGCCGAGUUCACGGAUGCUAUCCUCCGUGCCCUCGAUGGCGAGAAGAACGUCACGCUCUGCACCUACGUGGAGUCGCCCCUCUACGCCAAGGACGGCGUUGACUUCUUCUCGUCGCCCGUCACCCUUAACGUGAGUUUUCCCGACGAAGCCGGUGGUCAAGUUCGAAAAAUGAAGCCUGAUUGUGGCUCAUUUGUCCCAUCCAGUCCGAGGGUAUCGUCGGUGAGAUCCACCCCGUCGGUAAGCUCCACGCUUCCGAGGAGGAGUUGCUCAAGGCGUGCCUCCCCGACUUGGCCAAGAACAUCAAGGCCGGUGUGGACUUUGGUACGUGAUUGACAAGAGCGUUCAAGUUCAUGAGACUAUCAUGUACUAACGCGCGCAUGUGUGCGUUCCUGCAGUCGCCAAGAACCCCGGAAACUGA